GGAUUGGCAGCACUGUUUAGUACCCUUAACGAUUUGUGUUAUUUGAUUUAAAACGUUUUUUUUAUGAUUGAGUGAAAAAGUGAUUUAUAUUAACUGAAAAUCCACGUGCCGUUGCAAAUUUCCACUAUGGGCAGCAAUUUAAGCAGAGUUCAGAAUGGGUUCAAGGAAGAAGGUGAUGAGAAACUUCCUUCUGCCCCAAUACAAACUCCCCAAACAAGAAGGUUGGAGUUUGAUCCCCGUUCUCCUAGCUCGCACAUCUCGAGGACACCUAUCGAGGUUUUACGAACACCACUUCCGAAAGAAGCAUCUACUUGUCAUAGUAUCAGUGUACUGGAUUGUAAUGUUUCAAAUGAAAUCGACAUAGAUCCUCGCUCUCCCACAGCAGAUUUUCACAGAACACCUCUUAUGAUUAAAGGAGAAACAAAAUUACCUUAUGGUGUACACAAUAAAUUCUUAGACAAAGCUCGCAGACCACCCGUUACUUUAACGCCUCUUAAACAAUCUGCACAAGUUAUCAGUACAAUCUCAAACGAUGUGCUGGAAGAUACACCACCUAAACUUUUAGAGACGAACACAAAACUUGUAAAACACAUUGAAAAUAAAAGACAUUCAUUUAUCGGUUUGUUAGAAACUAACAUCGAUUAUGUAGAAACAGAUAUAGACAAUGUCAUCAUAAGAGAAAAAGAGCUAAAUAGUGAUGUAGAUCCUCUGCCAGUUGAAGUAGAAUCUGGAACUGCAAUUACUGAAUCUAACCAAUCUGAAAAUAGUUAUCUUCCUGAUAUACCAGAUGAAGAAACCUGCAGCAACAUCUCCGAUGCUUCUGAGGCCAUUCCCGACAUAACCAAAUGCAUAACCGAAAUAGAUCGCAAACUAACCAACCUAAUUUACGAAGAUAAAGAAGUCAACAUAAGUCCGAAAGUUAGCAAACCAAUAGAGAGCGGCCAUCGCACACCUUUGAGCGAUCGCAACGCUAACAAUCAAACGAAGAGGACCAUACCCGUUUUGAAAGUUAGUGACAAACCUACAAAACUGCAGAAGGGUAGCAAAAUUCCUGUACUUAAAGGAAAGGAUUUGAAAGGCGCUUUUGGGCAAUGCGAAAAUACACCUCCCAGACUUAAAAAUCGCUCUCAUUGGGGAAAAGAGGAUUCUUUAGUUAUUUAAUUACUUUUGUGAAAUAUUUCCUAUAAUUUAAUUUAUUUUAUGUGCUGCACAAUUAUUGCCUGAAAUGUUAAUAUUUGUUUAAUUUAAUAAAUGUAGGUCCACCAUUGA